UCUUGCUGGUGGAACUGAACCUGAGAAGAUGUUGGAUCUGAAGAAAGAGUGGAGCAUCUCGUUUGCAGGAUGCGGUUUUAUGGGGAUUUAUUACGUUGGCGCCACCAGUUGUAUCCUUGAGAGGUUCCCACGCCUCAUUCAUGACGCCUCGAAAAUCUAUGGAGCGUCUGCAGGUGCUUUGAUGGCUACGGUUUUAGCUGUUGGGAUCCCCCUAGAGAAAUGCUGCGCUGAUUUGAUGUUCAUGGCCACAGAGGGCAGGAAGCACAAAAUGGGAACCCUGCAUCCAUUUUACAACCUGCUGCAGAUAGUGAAGGACUCUAUGGUCAGGAGCCUGCCAGAAGACGCCCACAUUCGAGCCUCUGGGAAGCUCUCCGUGUCCCUGACCAGAGUACCUGAUGGGAAGAACGUACUAGUGUCAGAGUUUGACAGCAGAGAGGAGCUCAUCCAGGCCCUCCUAUGCAGCUGCUUCGUCCCAUUCUACUGUGGUGUUGUUCCACCCACUUACCGCGGAGUGCAUUAUGUGGACGGCGCCGUCAGCGACAACCUGCCUCGAUGUCAUCUGAGAAACACAAUCACAUUCUCUGCGUAUGCCGGUGAGAGUGAUCUCUGCCCUCGAGGAAGCACACUCAACUUCCACGAGGUGCGCUUCAACAAUGUGAGCAUCCAGGUCACCUCAGAGAACAUGUACAGAGUGAAGCGCACCUUCUUCCCACCAGAGCCUGAGGCAAUGGCUGAAAUCUGCCACAAUGGAUACAUGGAUGCUCUCCACUUCCUGCAAGACAACAAUCUGAUCAGCGGUGCGUGUCCCAUGAGAAGUCUGGAGACAGACUCACCCAAACCUGCUUGUUGUGAGCUGGUGAAGAAGUCAGCUGAAGGUGAAGCAUCCAAUGAGAGCAUAGAACACAAUGGACUGGAACCACCUCAGGAAGAGCACUGGUGGCUGGAUACACAGCUCAUAGAACACCUCCCAGUUAACAUUAAAAAGGCGUUGUGUGAGGCCUGUAGAGAGACACAUGCUGCUGGAGGUCUGUUGUCCCACAUGACGUACCUGCCAAAGAAAGUGACCUCUUACCUGCAGAUCCCCAGUAUUCUGCCCAUGGGGUCCGCCAGCUCUCUAGCUCAGAGACUCGCAAAUUGCAUCCCAGAUGUACCAAGGGACAUGAGCCGGCUCUAUGGCAUGGCUGUAGACAUAUACAAACAAGCUUGGAAGGGCGAGGUGGAGGACUAUGACAGGUAGGCAGUGUAAUAAUCAUAUCUCCUGUCCAGAUCUUCAGAAAUGUGCAGCCUGUUGCAAGCUGCAAUGCUUUACUAACCAAACUUCCCCGGAGUUUCUGUGCUCUCUCAUCCAGCAGGUUCUCGUGGAUCGUGGCUG